AAAGGUGUUUUAUUUACAAAGUGAUACUGGAACGUGAACGGUAGAAUCGCCAACUGCAUGGAAAGAGGGGAAGGAGAACUGGUGAAAACAAGAACUAUAAUCUUGAGGAAUAAACAAGAAGUAAUUAUGUUCCCUCACUAAGUGAGGGAAGUCAGGUCGCCAGGGGUAGCGGGAGUCGGGACCCAGGUGUGUGAACCGGAGAAAAUCCAGAUGGCUGAUUUGAGCUGUAGAGUGAAUUCUGGUGAGUCCAGGAGUUAAUUCAACGUUCAGGUACUUGCGUUGGAGGGUGGACAGGGUACGCUUCUGCCUUGGUUCAGGAGACGGAGGAUAACAGGAAGCUGCCAGCUUGGUACUUGGAAACAAAAUCCACCAAACAUAGGUAAUCUUGAUCGUCCAGAAACUUCUAAAGUCUUUCCAGAAAACGUAUAAAUUGUCAGUGUGGUCAGGCUUGAAAGUGUUGAUUUGAGAGCAGGGGCUUCAUGGCGUUGAAAUCUGGCUUCACUGCCAACAGUGACACUGGUGUUCCAGUGGUUUCCAGUUUACUAAAGACUUGAACCCUUUUUCCAAUGUCCUUUCUUCUAAGGGUGACAGUUUGAGUCAGAGGGUUAAACGUGGAAAGAUUUCUGUGUUCCAACAGGAUGAUGAUCCCAGAUGGAGCUGAGGUUUUGGAAUGGAUAAAAUGUGCCAACGUUAAGCAUUAAAAUGAUCCUUGUUCUGUUAGAACACCUAAUUGUGGCCAAGUUUCAGCUCUCUAUAGCUAUUGUUUUAAAGUGCAGUUAAAGAAUCUGGAAGAAAUCUAGCAUCUUCACACUUCCAUCCACUCUAAGCAAUGCAUCAGAACCACUGGCAGCAAACAGACCCACAUCAUGAUACUGUCACCACCAUGCUUGACAGUUGUUACAGUGGUCUUAUGGUUGAAAAUCUGAUUUUUACCCCUCCAAACAUGCAUCUAGUUUUUGUGGACAACGAGCUCAACAUUUCCCUUCAAGGAUCAGUUAUUAAAGAUCAUAGGUGGCUGUAUGUAUAAUUUUAACACUGUGUGGACUCAAGAAAUCAACCAUACAUUUAAAGUUAUGUACCAAAUUCAUUUGAUUUUUUGUUUAUGAAAAACCAUUUCAGUUUUUUCUUGGCAUGAUCAUACCACCCUGGAAGAAGAACAAUUAAAAGAAAUCAUUAAAAACUCUAAUUUUACUGUGACAUUUAUGCGUAUAAUGAGUGGAUGGAAACUUCUAUGUUUAAUAUGUUAAGGCUUUAGGCAAGGUUUAUUGGUCACUUUCUGUUCACAUUUAACCAAAACUGAAUUAGGGUUUCUGUGAGUAAAAUUAUGAUAAAUUCUGAGAAAUAACUUGGGUAAGUUAAUAAUAUGUAACGCUAGACAAUGCAACAUUUGAAAUGUUAUUCCUUAAACCAUAAAAGCCAGGUUCAGAAGCAGUUUCGUUAAAGUGUAAUAACAACCCUAUUUCUCAGCCAGAACGAAAACAAGUUUAUUUUAAGAGUUCAUGCAGUUUUGUGGAUUUGAUGCUAAAAGAAGUGCAAUUCUUAAAAAUUAAGGUUCUCAAACUGUGGUGCAAGUACCACCGUAGGUACUUGGGCUGCAUUCUGUGGUACUCAGGAUAACAUUUAGCACAAACUAUAUUUAUAAGCUAAAUGUCACAUCAAUCACAUCAAUAAAUGCUUUGAUCCACAACACUGAAAUGAGAGAUAUAUUUGAACAUUUUUUAACAUUUUAAGAGGUUCAGGCAUUCUAUCCACCUCCGGCUAACAACUAUUAGCAUUACAAUGCAACAACAAUGUGUUUCUCUGCAUAUUAGGCAUUAAAACAUGUUUUCUUGCAGAAGCUGAACUGUGGUCCAAACGGACAGAGGCACCAGUAAACAUUUUAUUAACUUUGUGGAAGCCAUAUUAGCAUUUGAGGCAAGGGUUGGUGACAAACGUCCAACUUUGACACUUGGAAUUUGUUUGUUUUUCUUUCUUGAAUAAUAUCUGUUUCUUAUUAUAAAUAGAAGGCACAAACACACAGUACCAGUGCAGAAGAAGCUUUGUUUUUAUGACAAAACCCACAAGAAGUGGAGGAGAAAAAACCGUCAUAGUAUCAGGUGGAGCGUAUUUACACUUCAGGUGAAGCUGACAAGAAAAGGCCAGUAGGUUUUUCCCAUAAAUAUGCACCUACAGCCUAAACAAGCACCAACUUCCAGUUCCCAAACAGCAGUUUAAGUCCAGCAAACAGGCUGAGCAUCCGGGAAACGGAACCUGGGCUGCAGAGGACCAGGAAUGCCUCUUUUCUUUUCUUCCGCCCUUCAAACCCGGUAAUGAUGGAGGAGUAAAAAGCGACAUGAUUGGUGGAUGCAGCAGGCAGCAGUGGAGAAAUGUAAACCCCUUGGCUUUGUUGCAUUAGAGUGGGGGCUGAAGACGGAACGCUCCCCUCAAUGCCAGCAGCCGGAGCCUGCUCAGCCGGUCGGUGCGGUGGGAAGCGGACUGGAUCCUCCUGCAGCUCUGCGGUAAGAACCGAGACAGAACCCGGAGGAAAAUCAGACAACAGGCACACAUCAAUGCGAUUCAGCAGGAAGGGUGGAAAAAACAGCCCGGGGGUGCCGCGAUAGCUCUCAGACAAACCCGGCAGAGCCUGGCUCGCUUGCUUUGCGUGACAGCUGCGGGACCAAUGGAAACAUGCGGGAAGCCAGCUGCGCUAAAGGCUGCAGCCAAUGGAAAAUGUGAAAUCCGGAGAGCUGAGGUUAGGCUGGCUGCAGCAGCUAAACUUCCCAGCGAAUUUAAAAAAGGCUGUUUGUGUUUUGGCUGCUGCAGAGGCCAUUUUAGGUAAGAAUCGUCCUCUAAGUUCGGGAUGCGGGGAUGAUCUUUGCGGAUGCAGAUGGAAACAAAACGGAACUGGAGUCCCGCAUCCAGACUGAAACCAGUCCGGGCUGCUGCUGGAAGCUUUAUGUGGAUUAAAUAGAUAUUCCACUCCUCUUUUUCCCCCCCUCCUCACCUCCCCAUCCCUUUCCUCUCCCCCUCCCUCCCCCUUGCGUGCUAAUUUUUUAUGCAUUUUUCUAAACUGUCAUGGCGAUUUUGUGUCCUUGGAAAUAAGAAGCAGCAGGCGUAUUUUUUUCGGGCUCGCCGGGGUGAGACUGCGGCCGGGAGUCCGGAGCAGAUGCUGUGAACGGAUAGAAGAUGAAAAUCCUCAAGAAGGAGAAGCAACAGAUGUUCACUGGCCUCCUGAAGCACACACCACCUCCGGCCUCCCCUGCUGCAGCCUCCUCUGCCUCAGACCAAGGCAGCAACACACAAACCGCAGUUCCCACAAUCCCACGGGGACACCUGGUGGUUGGCUCCAAGGACCAGCUUCGGAUCCUCACCCCUGUGGGCAGCACAUCGACGGCCAAUCACUGCGCCACAGUCGGCGUGCACACUGCGAGGCACUCUGCCGGAGCUCCGAGGUCCCACACCUCCCUGAGCGAGGAGGAUGAAGGAGGAGGUGGAGGCAGGGUGAAGAAAAAACGGAAGAAAAAGGAUAAGACGCUGUGGGAGAAAGUAGGUGCAGAGGAGGAGAAGGAGAGCAGCAAACCAAAGAAACAAAAGGAGGAGAAGGAGACCACUGUGCUCACCCUGAGGAGGAGCAAAGAGCCCAAGGAAGGCAAAGAGAGGAAGGAACGGCGUGUAAAGGGAAAGGGAGGCAGGAAGGAGAGUGGGAAAGAUCUGAGGAAUGUGACAGGUGGAAGAAAUUCAGACCCGGCAGCGGCCUCUGGACCGGCUCAGGUCCCCGUCAAAGUUCCCGGGAAAAGAGGACGUAAACCAAAGGUCAAAGUCCUCCCUCCUGUGCCGACAAAUCGAGUAAACAACUCCCAGGCUGACCAAAUCCAUGGAAAGAGUCAUGGGCAGGCCAACAGCAAGACUGCAGUCCCCACAACGCCGAAGCAGAGGGGCCGCAAACCCAAAGAUCCUGGUGCAGCGCCGGUGGAGAAGAAGAAGAAAGGGAAGAGGAGAAACCAGGAGCUGGCUGUGCAGGAGGGGGCGGAGAGUGAUGACACCACCUCAACGUCAGCUCUCAACAUGGGCGGGGAAGACAGCCAGGACCCCCUGGAUAAUGCUAAGCGCCGUUCAGGACGACAAGUUAAAAGGAGGAAGUAUAACGAAGACUUGGACUUUAAGGUGGUGGACGAUGAUGGAGAGACGAUCGCAGUUCUUGGAGCUGGACGCAUCUCGGCGCUCAACGCCACCGCUCUGGCGUGGCAGGCGGAAGAACCUCCCGAGGACGAGGCCAACAUCAUCGAGAAAAUUCUGGCUGUCAGGAAAAUGAAGAAAGAGACUUUGUCGGAGGACCAAACAGAAGAUAUGGAGGAGUUUUAUGUCAAAUACAGAAAUUUUUCCUACCUGCACUGCAAAUGGGCCACUUUGGAAGAACUGGAGAAGGAUCCCAGAAUCCACCAGAAAAUUAAACGUUUCAGGACCAAACAGGCUCAGAUGAAGCACCUUUUCACUGAGCCCGACGAGGAUUUAUUUAACCCAGACUACGUGGAGGUGGACCGAGUCCUGGAAGUGGCCGUUACCACGGAUACGGAGACAGGAGAGGAGGUGACCCAUUACCUCGUUAAGUGGUGCAGUCUGUCGUAUGAGGAGGCGACCUGGGAGCUGCAGGAGGACCUGGACCCAGAGAAGAUCAGGGAGUUCGAGGAGAUCCAGAAGCCGCCGGCAGACCUCAGACACAUGGAACGCCCACCUCCAGAAAAGUGGCAGAAGUUGGAGCGCUCCAGAGGUUACCGAAAUGGAAACCAGCUCAGAGAAUAUCAGCUAGAGGGAAUGAACUGGUUAAUGUUCAACUGGUAUAACAGGAAAAAAUGCAUCCUGGCAGAUGAAAUGGGUUUGGGAAAGACCAUCCAGUCCAUCACAUUUCUGUACGAGAUCUUCAACAUGGGCAUCCGCGGCCCUUUCCUCAUCAUCGCCCCCCUGUCCACCAUCACCAACUGGGAGAGGGAGUUUCGCACGUGGACGCACAUGAACGUCAUUGUGUAUCACGGCUCGCAGAUCAGCCGCCAGAUGAUCCUGCAAUAUGAGAUGUUUUACAGAGACGCACAGGGUAACACAGUCUCAGGUGGGCUGAAGUUUCACGGCUUGAUCACCACCUUUGAGAUGAUCAUGGCUGACUGCCCUGAGCUGAAGAAGCUGCAGUGGCGGUGCGUGGUGAUCGAUGAGGCCCACCGACUGAAGAACAGGAACUGCAAACUGCUGGAGGGCCUUAAACUCAUGAACCUGGAACACAAGGUACUUCUGACUGGAACCCCUCUGCAGAACUCUGUCGAGGAGUUGUUCAGUCUGCUGAACUUCCUGGAGCCGCAGCAGUUUCCCUCGGAGAGCUCCUUCCUGGAGGAGUUUGGAGACCUGAAGACUGAUGAGCAGGUGAAAAAGCUUCAGUCCAUUUUAAAGCCCAUGAUGCUGAGGAGACUGAAGGAUGAUGUGGAAAAGAACCUGGCACCUAAAGAGGAAACCAUCAUCGAGGUGGAGCUGACAAAUAUUCAGAAGAAAUACUAUCGGGCCAUCUUGGAGAAGAAUUUCUCUUUCCUCUCUAAAGGAGCAAACCAACACAACAUGCCGAACCUUAUUAACACCAUGAUGGAGCUCCGCAAGUGCUGCAACCACCCCUACCUGAUCACAGGAGCCGAGGAAAAGAUUCUGGAAAGCUUCAAGAAAUGCCACAGUCCAGACUCACCAGACUUCCAGCUGCAGGCCAUGAUCCAGGCGGCUGGUAAACUGGUUCUGAUCGACAAGCUGCUGCCCAAGCUUCUGUCAGGAGGACACAAAGUUCUGAUCUUCUCUCAGAUGGUCCGCUGCCUGGAUAUCCUGGAGGACUACCUCAUACAGAGACGUUACACGUAUGAACGCAUCGAUGGCCGAGUGCGAGGGAACCUGCGACAGGCGGCCAUCGACCGCUUCUGUAAGCCGGAUUCGGACCGCUUCGUGUUUCUGCUCUGCACCAGAGCGGGAGGACUGGGAAUCAACCUGACAGCGGCUGACACCUGCAUUAUCUUCGACUCGGACUGGAACCCACAGAACGACCUGCAGGCUCAGGCUCGCUGCCAUCGGAUCGGCCAGAGCAAAGCGGUGAAAGUCUACAGACUGAUCACCAGAAACUCUUAUGAGAGAGAAAUGUUUGAUAAAGCCAGUCUGAAGCUGGGCUUGGACAAAGCCGUCCUUCAAGACAUCAACCGCAAAGGAAGCCUCAAUGGGGUACAACAGCUUUCUAAACUGGAAGUAGAGGAUUUGUUGAAAAAAGGAGCAUACGGCGCGCUGAUGGAUGAAGAAGACGAGGGCUCCAAGUUCUGCGAGGAGGACAUCGAUCAGAUCCUUCAGAGACGAACUCAGACCAUCACCAUCCAAUCUGAAGGGAAAGGCUCCACGUUUGCGAAGGCCAGCUUCGUCUCUUCUGGUAACAGAACAGACAUUUCUUUAGACGAUCCCAACUUCUGGCAGAAAUGGGCAAAGAUCGCUGAGGUGGAAAUCGACUCCAGAUCCGAGAAGGAAUCCCUGGUGAUUGACACGCCCCGCGUGAGGAAACAGACCCGUCACUACAACUCCUUCGAGGAUGACGAGCUGAUGGAGUUCUCGGAGCUGGAGAGCGACUCGGAGGAGCGGCCAUGCCGGACCCGUCGCUUGGGUGACCGUAGCAGGCGGUACCUUCGUGCCGAGUGCUUCAGGGUUGAGAAAAAUCUUCUAAUCUUCGGAUGGGGUCGAUGGAAGGACAUUCUAAACCACGGUCGGUUUAAAUGGCACCUGGCAGAGAGAGACAUGGAGGUGAUCUGUAGGGCUCUGCUGGUUUACUGCCUGAAACACUACAAAGGUGAUGACAAGAUCAAGAGCUUCAUCUGGGAUCUGAUCUCACCUUCUAAAGACGGACAGGACCAGGCACUGCUCAACCACUCUGGUUUGUCUGCUCCGGUUCCUCGGGGCAGGAAGGGGAAGAAGCUGAAGAAUCAGCUGAACGUUCCUGAUGUCAAAAACGCUGACUGGCUGGUCCACUGUAACCCUGAGGUGGUGCUGCAGGAUGAGAGCUACAAGAAACACCUCAAACAGCACUGCAACAAGGUUCUGCUGAGGGUGAGGAUGCUGUACUACCUGAAGGUGGAGGUCCUGGGUGAGGUUGCUAAUCAAGCUCAGGAGGGGGUACCUGCUAGUAAACUGGAGGUGUCGCUACCUGACAUCGACUACAUCGAGAUUCCAGUGACGUGGUGGGAUGCAGAGGCUGACAAGUCUCUCCUCAUUGGAGUCCACAAACACGGAUAUGAGCGAUACAACGCCAUGCGGGCCGAUCCAGACCUGUGUUUCCUGGAAAGAGUUGGCAUGCCGGACGUCACAGCUCUGUCUGCUGAACAGGGAGGAUCGGAGGCGGCUGCUGAACUGACAGACAGCUGUAAAACUGAGGAGGUGAAGGACAAGCUGGAAAGCAAAGCUAAUGGAGAGGAGGAUCAAGAUGAGAACAGACAGGGGCAGGAAACCCGCUCCAGCAUCGACACGUCAGAAAAACCAGACAGUACAGCUCAGGGUGAGGCAGCUGACCAGCAACAGAAGGACGUUCCAGACUCUCAGGCAUCAGCUGACCUGUGCAACCAAGAUGGACCCCUGGUUACCACGACGACGACAGGAAGCGGGUCAGGGGUGGCGGCACUCCACGUCAUCCAGGCUCGGCCCCUGUGGCCCACCGGCUCCGCGCUAACGGCUCGUUUUCGCCGCCUGAUCACCGCCUACCAACGAUUCACGCUGCGCAGAGAGCCUCUGCUGAGGCACGACUUCCUGCUGCACGACGGCCUCGUCAGCAUGGCGAUGGGAGGAGCAGGAUCCGCUCACAGCCAUCACACUGGCGGGCCGCUGGCCUGGCAGCUGGGUGAGGAGCUGAGGAGGUGUUCGGUGGUCUCGACAGAGGCAGACCCCCUGUUUCUGGAGUGGCAAAGGAGGUGGACCCGUCGAGAGCAGGCAGACUUUUACCGCACCGUUUCGUCAUUUGGGGUUGUGUAUGAUCCGGAGAGGAAAGCUUUUGACUGGUCCCAGUUCAGAGCACUGGCCCGACUGGAGAGAAAGACGGACGAGAGUUUAGAGCGAUACUUCAACUCGUUUGUCAACAUGUGCAGGACGGCCUGCAAGCUUCCUCCAAAAAAGGAAGAAGGGUUGGUAGAUCCCGGCGUUCUCGUGGAGCCUCUGACUGAAGAGCGAGCUGCCAGGACGCUGUACCGCAUUGAGCUGCUGCGAAAGAUCAGAGAGCAGGUUCUCCGUCACCCGCUCCUCUCGGCCCGCCUCCAGCUCUGCCGCCCCUCCCUCUACCUCCCCGUCUGGUGGGAGAGCGGGAAACACGACCGGGACCUCCUGGUCGGGGCGGCUCGCCACGGCCUUAGCCGCACUGACUUCUACAUCCUCAAUGACCCACAGCUCAGCUUCCUGGAGGCUCACAGGAACUACGUCAGGCGGCAUCCUGCUCAUCUUCAUCCACAGAGCCACCAUCACCCUCACCAUGCCGGCUUAGCAUCCCAUCCUGCGAUGUCAUCCCCCUCUUCAUCCCAUGGGCAGCUACCUCACUGCUGUCUGUAUGAGUCGGGGCUCAGCCAUCACUCCCCUCAGCCUCCUGAAUAUCCCCACCAGGCCUCCAACCAUCAUCAUCAUCAACAGCAGCCUCCACCCACACCUGCCCCUUCUCCCUCGUCAUCCUCAUCCUCCUCUUCUCACCCCCACCUCCACCCUCCACCCCUGGACGCCCAGGAUUCUGGCUCACCAAACCUGGGUAUCAUUCCCGGGUCACGGGUGGACUUCCUGGACUGUGCUCCGUUGGAUGACGCUCUGGAACUGAGCGCUCUGCAGCACGACGCCAUGUCUGCUGACUCUUUGCACGGAGGGAAGGCUUCCAAAGACGCCCUGAACGGUUUUCCUUUUAACUCAGCCGCUGGGGGUCAAAGCAUGCUCAACUCUUACGGAGUGGGCGGAGCUGACCUAGACUCGAAGCUAAGGAGUGAUGUCCUCGUUGGUGAGCAGGGCUCGUCAGAGGAAACCGGGCUGAUGGCACCAUCGGUGGAGCUGGAUCAGUUACAGGCUCCCUGGGACAGCACGGAUCACACCAGUCCAGCUGAGCAUAUGUUCAAUGAGUCUGAUCCCAUCCUUGGUCCCUCUGGCCUGGAGACGGGCUUCCUGGAGGAGGAAGAUGAGGAGGCUCAGGGAGGAGACAGAGGAGGAGAGGAAGGUGGGACUCUGGAGGAGUGUUUAGGCCUCCCACCUUCAUCCUCUCCGUCUCAUCCAUCAACGGGGGAUUCAGUCGAACCGCUGUCAUCGAGUUACAUGCUCUUCAAGGACAUUGGAGUGAACGAAGAGGCCAGUCCGGAUCAAACAGACCUGUCAGCAAGUCCACCUCUUCCCUACGUCCCACCUCCACCCCUGUCGUUGUCCGAUAUCACCAGCCACGAGCCUCAGGAUGGACUCGGACACUCCAAUGUCUCUGAGAGCUUGACCAAUCCUGGGGAGGCGGGAGAUGACCGGGAAGGAAGUGCUGGGUUUGAGUUUGAAGACAAAGAUGAAGAGGAAGCAGAGAAAUUAAGGCAGCAAGAAGAAGAUAACCAGAAGGAAGGUGCAGGCUGUGUUGUGGUUGUCCUGGAUCCAACAUGUCAUGAGCCUCAGAUACAUGAUGGAGAACCACCACCUGGACUGGAUAAGAGGACGGAGGUCUUAAAACGAGUAUCUUCGGGCCUUCAGGAGAACUUUGAGCACUCGGAUGAUAAUGAAGAUUUAUCCCAUGAGGUGCAGCCUUAUCUGGAAAAGCUGGAACAGGAGGGUCGCUUGGUGUGUCCUGAGUCGAUUGAGGAUCCUCCUGAGGAGGUCGAUGGGUUGAUUUUGUAUCAGACUGAAGAGGAACAGUCAAUGGAUAGUUCUCUUGACGCUGAAACAUUUAUUCGUAAUGAAACUGGAGAGUUUUCACAAAGUUCUGGGGUUGGUUUUGCUGUGCACAGCAGAGAGCGUGCAGAUCAGGUUAAUGAGAUCUCUGAAGGCCAGCUGGAUUGUGUCUCUCUGGGUGAUGCUGCAGAAGAACCAGGCUGCGAUGAAAUAGUGGAGAAGAUGGUGAACCAGGCGGCUAAAACUAGUCUGAUGGAGCUGGGAGAGACUGAGUCUGAAUUAGCAGAACCCUGCAGCCCGUCUGGUUCGGCCUUAGAAAGCGUCAGAGCGCGUGAUGGAUCCCAAGCUGAAAUCUCAGUGGAUCAGAACCUCAACAGCAGAAACUGUCGGAGUGAUGCUUCGUCUUUCUCUCUGCAUCAAGAAAACAAAGACGAUCUUCUUGAUCAAAAUGAAAUGAAAACUAAUUUGGCUUUAAAUGUAAAUGACAUCGACACAAAGUCAUCAGAUCUUAAAUUCUCCAUCCAACAAAUCAGGGAAGAAAAGAAACCACUGCAGUUCAUGGUACCAAUAAAGGUCGAGGUGACAAAAGCAGAAGAAACUGAGGAUGUUUGUCCAGACAGCUCUGAAAUCAAACAUGCUCAUUUUAUUUCCUUCCACAUAAAAUCUGAGGGUUCAGAGACCAAAGCUGAGCAGCUGGAGUAUCCACUGAGAGCUCCGUUCCUCGAUGUGAAACCUGAAGAUCUCAGCCUCUCCGUGAAGUCCAAGAACUUCGAUGUUAAACCUGAGACUUUCCAGUUUGUAGCUUACUCAGAUGGCAGCAAAAUCAAACCUGAAGUCAAACCUGACCUUAGGUUUACUGUUUAUCCAGAUGGUGGGAGGUUUAAGAGGGAGAUAAAACCUGAAGGUUUAGGGUUAGCUGGCUUUCCAGAUACCAUCAAACCCGAAGCUAAGCCCGACGCUCUGGAGUUCACAACAUUCCCAAACAGCUCUGGGAUAAAGCCUGAGAUCAAGCCAGAGGCUCUGGAGUUUACAGGCUUACCUGACAUCAAGGCUGAGAUGAAGCGGGAGAUGCUGGAGGCGGACAGCACUGUCCUGACCCCGAAGCUCGAGCAGAUCGAAGGGACGGUGGACACCUCGGAAAGUCUCCUGAAAGGCCAAGUCAAGGAGGAGAGGCCGAGUACCCCAGUAGUGCCUGUGGUGGAAGGAUAUCCUGGCAGUCCAAGAUUUGCAGCUCCUGCUUCCAUGUGUGAGAUUCCUGACAGCCUGCAUGAGAGCAGGGAGCCAACCAUCGCUCAGCUGCUGCAGGAAAAAGCUUUGUACUCCUUCUCAGAGUGGCCAAAGGACAGAGUUAUUAUCAACCGCCUGGACAGCAUCUGCCACGCCAUCCUGAAGGGAAAAUGGCCUUCGUCAAGUGAGCAGUAUGACUCACUGGGCUCCUUGGCAGCUAAUUCGUGUCUGGCUAACAGCUUAGCCCAGCACCGCCAUCACCGAACUGGUUUCCUCCCCACAACAGCUUCUGGCACCAUCCCAGGCCAGCCUCGGGUCCAGCAGGCCAGUUCUGGACUAGGGUUUUCCGUCCCUCCACUUCUCACAAGACUACCCAAGUACGUGCCGCGGGGCGGCGCAUGUGGGCGCGGAGCUUGGCGCCUCACCUCCUUGCCUCUCUUGCAGGAGAGGCUCGUGGCUCCUCCCUUCCUCCCUGAGCUCAAACGAGCAGGAGGUCGCAGGUCCUUCGACUACGAAGCUGCUGCGGCUGCAGCAGCUGCUAAGAUUUUAGCUGGGAAAUCUGCAUCUCCGAGCCACACCAGCACCACCGCCACCAGCAGCUCCACUGAAGAGAAGGUGCCGGUGGUGGCUCCUCCCUCUCACCGCACGGGGGCCAUGCUGAAUGGUUGGCAGGAAGCAGCAAUAGAUCUAACUAAAUCCACUGCCGAAAUUAGCCCCACAAGCAGCGUGGGGACGAAUGAAGCAGCUGGAAUCAGCCACCAUAACGCCAGAGCUGGAAGCAGUCACAAGCUGCCUCCGCUUCCUCCCAUCACAGCUCCACUGCCUGGCUCCGUGGGAAUCGACAUGUCUGGGAUACUGCAGGCAGGACUCAUCCACCCUGUCACAGGACAGAUAGUCAAUGGGAGCCUGAGGGGAGAUGAUUCACUGAGGAGGAGAAGAGGGAGAAGGAGAAACGUGGAGGCUCUGUACUCCGAGUUCGCCAAGAGCCGAGGACUGCAUCUCCCUGAGACACAGGCUCGUGUUGAGGCCAUCAGCCACUCCUCUGUCUCCUCUUCCACCUCCUCACCGUCCCCAUCUCCGUCAGACAGACCUGCAGGCCCUCCCACGCCCUCCUCCUCCUCCACUCCUACUCCCACCCAGACCCCUCCUCAGCCAGAGAUCGUAGCCAUCGACAGAGAAGCGGCCAGCAAAGGCCUGAUUGAGUGGCUGAGACAGAAUCCUGGCUACAGCAUGGAUCUGCCUGCCUUCGCUCACUCUGGAGCAAGUCUUCUACAUGGCUUUGUGGAGCGUCCCAAACAGAGGCGGCAUCGAUGCAAAGAUCCAACCAAGCUGGAUAUUAACACUCUGACGGGGGAGGAGAGGGUCCCUGUUGUCCACCGAGGAACAGGACGGAGGCUUGGUGGUGCCAUGGCUCCGGCUAUAAAGGAGCUUUCCAGGUGGCUUGAUGCCAACUCGGAGUACUUUGUUGCCCCAGACUGGGCCGAGGUGGUCAAACACUCUGGUUUCCUUCCUGAGGGAAAGUUCUCUCGUAUACUGACGGAACCAGUCAACAGGGAUCCAGGUUCGCGUCGACGUGGACGCCGGCCUCGCAGUGAGAUGCCUAAGCCCCUCCUCUCUGUUUCGGAUUCCUCUUCCACCGGCCUCGGCCCCCCGCUCUACAUGAACGGCGGCUUAAUCGGCAGCAUGGACUCCAUAGUGACCUUGCAGAACCUUCGUGGUGCAAUUCCCGGAAUACCUAUCUCUGGGAUCAUGGCUGCAGGAUUCCCACAUGGAUUCCCUGCAGCUGUGUCUGCAGGAAGCGCCGGAUCGUCGGCUGAAGAUGCAAAGAACGGUUUGAGCAUGUUACCCAUGAUGCUGCACGGCAUCCCGCACCCUCACAGUGCUGCGAUCCCUCAUCAUGCCCUGUUCAGCGUCGGCACAAUGAUGGCACACGCUCCACCUCCCCCUCACCCCAGUUCCUCCUCCGCCUCACCCUCUUCCUCAGCUUCUGCAUCUGCUGUGAAUGUCACCACGACGACCGCAGCAUCUGAGGAGGCCAGUCCGUCCUCCACGACCACAGCAGAUCGAGAGAGCAUCUCCUGUUCUGCGCCAGGCGGCGACAAGGAGACAGCAGCAACAGAUGGCGCCAAACGACCCAUGGCGGGGGAGGCGGCAGCUGUCAUCACCUCCACCAGCAGAGUCCAUCUCGGGGCCGCCGGGAACCAUCACACCUUUAACCCCUUCCUGAUCCCGGGCAUGUCCCACGGCCUGCUGUACCCGCACAUGUUCCUCCCUCACGGCAGCAUCAUGACGCUGCCAGCCGUGCCUCCGGGCGGCGCCGCCGACGGCUCGCCAGGCAGUCCCAAGAGGAGAAGGAAAAGGUUGCGGGAGGAUGAGGAGAGGGAGAAAGGGAAGGUGGCAGCUGGAGGUGAGGAGGAAAGAGAAAGUACAGUUACAGCCAGCGCUGGCUCACAACCUGCCGCCUCCUCAAUCAUUCCCUUUGUCUUCGCUUCUGAGCUGGGGACCGCUCCAACCGAGGAGAACCAGGUCGGGUGGGGAAUCGCAGAGGAUGGGUCUUCAGAAUGCCAGGAACCGGACUCCAAUAACCACAAUGAAAAAGCUGCAGCCGAGGAGAAGGAGGAAGGGUCGGAGGAGACGGGAGACGAGGUGGACAAAAAGAACAGUGAGGAGCGAGAGGUGGAGUAGAGGCUAAGAAGCACCUCCUUUCCUCUCCUCCCGUCUCCUCCGAUGCUGCUCUCUCCUCAGCUGUGCAGCAGUGUAAAGUUUGUGCCGAGUCUGUAAGUCAACGUCCAUGUAAAGACUUUUAUUAUGAUGAUAAUGAUGAUUAAAUUCAACUUGCUCAUGUUUAUAUACCAGAAACCCCGCCCACCCUCUCCACUCCACUGUAAACAAAAAGAAAACGAGUAGAGUUAAAUAAUCUCGUUCUGCAUCAAAACGGAUUCAGGAGCGUCGAGUCUGAAAGCAUGAGGAAUGACUGAGUGAUCCGAAGAGCAAAGAAAGGGAGCGGCUUUGGUGGUCCUGAUGCCGUUUCAAGCUCAAAGUGAUCCGAAAUGGUUGCUGCGCUCUCCUGUAAUUCCUUUACAACUUGUGCAAUACUUCGAAAAAAACUGCCAUCUGAAUUCAUCUGGAAUAAAUUCACUUCCAGAUUCAUCGAAACAAUUUCACUGCAGAAAAAGGAAGAAUGAACUUCUUCUGAAUACCCUAAUCCUGAGUUUUUCAAUCAAAAGCAAAUUUUUGUGAAUUUAAAAGUGCAGCCAAAGCAAAUUAAAACUGAUUUUCCUCUCAGUUUUAUAGCUACCAGAUAUAAUAGAAUGCGACAUAACACUAAAAGUCUGCCCCUUAAAUUUAAUGAUGUUGUUUUGGACGCCGUCUUACUUAUUAAUUAUUAAUUUGAUCAUUUUUAAUGGUCCACUGCUGCCGUAACUCCUGCCUUCAACUAUAAGGAGAAGAGAGCAGGAUGGAACGAGCAUGAAAGGCUGAGCAGAGCGCAGGUUAACUCCUGCUUUUUCAUUUUUCACCAAAAGCAAAGAACAAUCAUCGGAUUUGUUUUGGAUCACAUAGUUCUUCAACUCAGCCACAGACUUCUUUCUCCCCUUAAAGCAGUCCAGUCCAAUCAGUUCGGCCAGCAGGGGGCAGCAGGAGGCAGUUUUAGACGUGUCAAUAGGUUGGGUUUUUCUCCUGAAAUCAUUGGGAAAAGUGCAACAUGACUUGAAUCAUGAUCUGCAGCUCUGAGUUGAGAUUUUAGAAAAAGAAGAGAGGAUGAAACAGAUAAAAGGAUGACUGAGCGCCUCGCUGUUUCCUCAGAUAGCGGUUCACACAUGUAAUAUUUCAUCUGUAAAUCUAUCGCUGUACAUUGCUGUCUUUUUUUAAGUGCUCCAUGUAUUUCUUUCCUCUUGUUUCCACCGAGGGGGUGGAAUCAAACGGACUGUACUGUACAUUAAAAGGAUGCAAGUUGCUGGUUUUGCUCUGAUUUUCACAACUGGGUGGAAACAUUUCUGUCGACGGUGUUCCAUAUGAAUCACGUUCAUGUUCUUUGGUUUUCAUCCUGUGAAACCUGGAUCGUUUUCCGUUAUGGCGUGUGAGCGUGUGGGAUAGGAGAAAGUUUGGAUGUGUGCAUGCAUGCGCACACUUUUUGCCGUGUCUUGUCCUGGAAGGUCACAUUUUCUUGUUGAGAAAGAAAAUCCAUAGUUGUUGCCUUGUCACAGGUCUGUGGCUCCAUAUAAUUUAUUAUAUUUUUCUUUUUUUUGCCAAACUUUCACCAAAUUUGACAUUCUUCCUCUCAGUUUCAUCGUAUUCUUCGAAGUAAAAGGCCUUAUUUUUAGCUAGUAUCUUUUGUAUGGAUGGUUUGUUACACCUCUCUGUAAGGUGGCGUUUUUGGGUUCGUCUCCUGUCUGCCAGUGAGCACAGCCAACAGUACUGGAAGGUACCACAGAUUUUAAUUCACCACAUUAACUCUUAAAAAGCAAUCAGUCGUCCCUGAAAGCACAAGCAUUUGCGUAUCAGUGCCUCUAAAGUUAGUUAAAACACUUUCCCUGGUGUGGGCAUCACUUGCACAUUUCGUCCCGUUUCCAUAGUGAUGUGGGAUUUUAAUAUGAGAUGGUUAAUGCUGGUAGUGAAAGGGAGGGUGUCUCAGUCUAGCAGAUUUUGCACCAACAGAUAAGCUAUUUUUACACAGAUUGACUCAACUCUUCUGUUUUAAGUGGGAUUGUGUGGAGUAGUUCUGAGCAGUCAGUAUCUUACCUGCAGUAGAUGGCAGACAGAGCUUUCUUCUCAUGAAGGAGUCUAGGUAACGGCCACAUGGCCAAACAACUCAAAGUAAAACAUGUUUGUAAGAAGCCAAAUUAAAAUGUUCUAUCAUUUAUUUCUCUUCGUAAACUUUGCACCACAUAGUUUUUAUAUUCUCAACCAAAUAACAUCUAUGUUGCUAAGUUUACCGAGCAUAAAUGUAUAAGCCGCCUUGGCCAGUUGUUGUUGUGUCUCUCAGUUCUUUCUUUGUAUAAACCUCCUCAAACAGUUAUUGUCUUAUUUCCCAGGAGAUAAAGAUCCAGGGUAUCUAAUUUGACACAAGAUAAGGUUUUUAGUAUAUUCUGUAGUUGCGUUGGAAUUAGCUUGUUAGUGGAAGGACGUAGACAUUGCUCAUUUGAGAAACCAGUAACUAGUAACUGUAUGCAAAGCCGUUUACUCUGCAAGUUUUAUAACUGAAAAGAAAGUAAAGCGACGAAUCAAAGGUCCGAUUGUGUGUGGUGGUCCAUUUUCAGUUUGCCUGAGUGAAAAGAAAGCUGCUAGAGACAGUGUUAUUAAGGGGUUACUAGUACAUCUAUGCCAUUAGUUUAUCAGUUUUAUCAGGAAAUUAUGGUUUCAACAGAAUAAUCAGCUGCAGUAGGUCAAACCCAACUGUUAACAGCUGUUCUCCUUUCACAUUAAAAGUAAUGUAAACUGAAAGCUCAUUCCCUAAUAAUGAUAAACAUAGAUUAUGCCAAGCUGCGUGUGUACCCUGGUUCUGGUAUGGUGUGAGAGCCUGCUGCAGGCAGGGUUGUCGAAAGGGUGGGAUACGACUACAACAGAUACGAGGAGAGCAACGAAGGUUCAGCUUUCUGAUUUUCUCUCAUCUGUCAGGAAACUGUAGCCAGCAUAGCAACAGAGAUGAUUAAUCUACAGGGUUGAACAUUUUUACAGCUGCUGUAUUCAACCAACCAGGAUUUGAUCAAAAAUGGACCAACCGUGCUAGGCUUUAAAUGUCGGUGUUUUCCUUUCUAAAGCCAGACAUUUGCGUCAAUGAGAGCAGCUUUACUAAGAAUUUAACCAUAAAUUGUGAUAACAGGAGAGAAUUCUGGAAAAGUCCAGGUUGCAAAUAAUCAACAGGUGCGUCUCAGUAAAUUGAAUUAUUAUUGCAAAGUUCAUUUAUUUCAGUUUCUUCAUCACUAAGUGAAACACAUUAUUAUUAGAUCAUAUUAGCAUAAAUUAGAUUAAUUCCACACAGAUGGAUGUUUUCGAGCCGUUAUUUCUGUUAACCAUGAUUUUCUGCUUCCAGCCAAUGAAAACACGGCAUUUAAAAUCAGGAUACAUCAUAUCAAUAAAGAAACAUUUUAUUACAGAAAUCUGGGCUUAAUUAAAAGUAUGUUUAAUACCUGCUUAAAGGUUAAAGGGUUCAUUUAGUCAGACAAACGAGUCUCAUCUGAACAUGAUCUAAUUUACUGACAUCUACCUGAGUGACAUGAUCUAUAGAGCUGUAAUCAAUAGGAACUACGAACAUGGAUCAAUUCAAUUUUAAUCUCUCAGAACUGAACUUAUCAGUAGUUCUUCUUGAGAGUGAACUUGCAUCAUGCAACAUAUUAGCCCAUCAAGUUCUACCCUAAGAUCAAAUGUUUACUGCUGGUAAGAUACGAACUACUCAGAACUACUCCACACAAGAACGCUUCAAAUUGAAAAUCGUGCUUCAGGUUAAAUUCAGCUCCCGAAUUCACAACUUGUUUCGAUUCACAACAGCAGUCCGGAAACAAGUUGUGUGGCAGAAAAGGCGCGAGAUCAAAUUUAUCGUGACUGGAAAAGGAUAAAGCAGAAAGUCAGACGGAUCACUGGAUCUCUGUUGGUUUGAAAACAUGUAGAGAAAGAAGUGAGAAUAUAAAAGUUUAGAUUUUUAGUUUCCUCAUAGCAGUAAAACGUUCCAGAUGAGCGAUGCAGGUUGGAAGAUCUCUGAAUAUCCUUCGCAGGUUGGCGGUUCAACCUCAAAGCAUUCCUUCACUGCUCGAUGCCUUGUUGUCGGUUCUGUUUCUAUCCUAGCUGAGUGUUUGAUUGCGUUUGGUUUUCGUUUCUGUAAACGUAACUCCCGGCGGCUGUGGCUGCGCAUCACUUCCUGUCACCUGUUCUCGCGUGAAGACUUGAAACGGACUCGAGUGCGGCCGCGUGCUUUCUUUAACAGUGUUAAUUUCUUUCAUUGAAGUCACCUCAACAUGUAAAACUGAUCUGAAAUGAUGUAUUUAUUGUACAGUUCUUGUCUUUACAUUGUUGUCUCACGACUGAUUGAUGGCUGUUUUUGUUACUCUGGAACGUCCCUGAAAUACAGAAACAUUUUGGUUCACAUGGAAAUUAAACUGAUCUGCUUUUCUUUGUUGCCUUCGCCCGCUGAUGAUCUGAUUAUAGAAGCAACCACGCUGGAAAUAUCCAGUCAUUAUGCUUUGUUUUCUGAAGAUUUACAAUCCAGUUUGGGAUUGGUAUGCACUACCAACAUUUAGGCCCCAAAAUAUGCAUGUCCAAAUAUUUUGUUUGAAGAUAAAGAUGAUCCACACCCAGAAGUAGAUCCAGUUGUAGAAUCGACAACUUGAAGUAAAAUAUAUGAUUUAAACAGACAGAUUUAUGAGAAGGCAGGUGGUGGGUUCUCUCAUCCAACCUCCAGCUGCACACAGUGCCCUACUCCAGCUUCCUUCUAGCAUCUCUCUGCUGCUCAGUUUUCAGUUUGCUUUUUGAAUGUUUGCAGUUUCCAGUGACCCUGACUUGGAUAUCUGACCCUUACUCUCUUGCUUUGGCUUACAAAGGGAUGAAAUCUGGGAAAUCUCACAUUGAGAAACUCCAAAGAAAUCAGAUGAAAACCUUCAAAUAUUUGUCUUAUUGGGUUUUUCUGUUUCUUCCCUGUAGAACUUCUAAUAGUUUGUUUUAUAAAGUCGGCGGACAAAUGCAAGCAUUUUUUGCCUAAUCAACAGGACAGACUGAAAUGUUUUCCCGAUUUGGAUUCGUUUUAAUCUUCCAGUGUAAAUGUUACCCAAGUAAACCCAAGUAGAAAUAGUUUUGUCAUUUAUUGUGCCUGUUUGUUUCUCAGAGGUUGACCUUAAGGCCAGAGAUUAUAACAAACGGCUCCACCAUAACAUCUCCACAGUGGCUGCAGUCAGGGGGAUAAAUACAGUUUCAAAUAAAGAUUUGGGUUGGAAAAACUGCAGGUUCUGGUGAUUUUAAGUGGGAACUUCAUCGCCUUCAACCAGUGUGUCUGAAUCCACCCACCUCACAGCCAAGUUAUGAAAAUCUACCGCAAUGCUGAGCAAAGUGCAACGUAGCUUCAAAGGUCAUAGAUGUGGACAAAGUGUCUGAUCCUCACGCUGCAAACCCAUCAUAACUCUCAUAAAUAAAUCACAUGGAAGGGGUUUUUAUCUUUUUGGUUCUUAUUUGUAUCUAUAGCGCUCUAUAUUCCCAUGUGGACCAAUCUGACAAGUCAAAACAUGGUAUGUGUGAUCUUUUAUUGUGCAAUAAAAGAUUACUUUCAA